AUCACCCGAUUCCCGGACAUCGUGUAAAUUCGGGGGAAACGAAAUAGGACAACAGUCGGUCGCAGCAGACGACGGUACGAUCCUGAAAAGCGGAGGGCGCGCGCACGCGUGUCGCUCGCACGCACGCCCGAGUCCGCAGCUGUCAUACGUUGCACGCUUCUCUACUUCUGUCAAGAGCGAUCCAUCCGCCUCGGUCAGUACGUUCUCCGGCCGCUCGGGCUAUGUCGUGUCCCGUCCGCAGGACCUGAGUUCCAGAGUGUGGUCGCCGGUCGGUCGCCGCCGGCGAUCGCGAGCUGUGCGUCAUACUUCUCUCCCUCUUUCUGGCGAGACGCGCUAAACCAUGAGCCACGCCGUCUUCGUCGUUCCUCGUCGAGUAGUAGCCGCCGCCGACACGGGUGUGUCUGCUGAAUCGGUCGUGCUACGACACGGUGCGAUCAAGUGUGUCAGUCACCUCGCCGUACGGCAAGUGUGUCGACGUGCUGCUGCUGUUUCUUCUUGUUAGGCUGACCACAUACGCAUACCACACACACAUACACGCGCACGCACACACACAUACACACGCCGAUGUGCACGGUCAGUCGACUGACAACGAUGAUUACGACGCCGGUCAGACUCUUGCGGGACAGGAACGUCGCCUACCAUGGCAAGGACGACGUGCCGGUAGCCACGCAACCCACCACCAGAAGUGGACUCAGGGUCUACAAGAUCGUCGUGCUCGGUGACGGCGGUGUCGGCAAAUCAGCUGUCACCCUGCAAUUCGUCAAUCACCGCUUCUUGGAUUACCAUGAUCCGACCAUAGAGGAUUCGUAUCAGAAGCAAGCAGUUAUUGAUGGUGAACCAGCCCUACUGGAUAUCUUGGACACAGCUGGACAGGUGGAAUUCACAGCGAUGCGCGAGCAAUACAUGAGAUGCGGCGAAGGUUUCAUGAUAUGCUACUCAGUGACGGAUCUGCACAGCUUCCAGGAGAUAAUGGAAUAUAAGAAGCUGAUAUCGCGUGUGCGAGCCAACGAGGAGAUUCCUGUGGUGCUAGUCGGCAAUAAAUUCGAUCUGCAACAACGGCGAAAGGUGAGCACGGAGGAGGGCAAGGCGCUGGCGAAGGAGCUCGGCUGUCCGUUUUACGAGACGUCGGCCGCGCUCAGGCAAUUCGUGGACGACGCGUUCUACUCGCUGGUGAGGCAGAUCCGCGCCAAGGAGAGACGCGGCGUGACGAUACGCAAGACCAGCCGUUGGGGCCGGCUGCGCUCGAUAUUCAGUCUCAUCUUCCGACGGCGGAAACGCACUUUCCACACGUCCUAGGAGACGCUUCGGGACAGAGCGAUCAUCCUCCCCGGUAAAGCGAGGGAGAACGCGUUUCGCACGCAGACGGCAGCCGAUGAUUCGCGCGCAGAUCACAACGAAAAAGCAGAGCUCACACCGGAGAGGGAUAAGGGGAGGGAGAGCUCCUGGUGCAUUCGACUGGCGUUUGCGACGUAGUCACCCUCGUUUAGAGACUGACGAUUCGUUAACUGAACAUCUCACUGCCUUAUUUCAACUUGACCCCGAUAUUGUUACUCCGGGCGCGCGAUGCGACGCGAGUGAUAUUGUCAAGGCAGAUUGGAACGUUCGUUCACCUCGUUCGGAAUGAAAUUCGCGUUUUCCGGAUAAGUCGAUCACGCUGCUCAAUGUGAAAGAAAUGCGCAUGGUACCACGGUAGAUUCGUCGUUUACCGUUAGGCGACCCUCCAGACGACGAUGAUGAUGAUGCGGCGACGAUGUAGGUGAUACAUCUCGCAUGUCAUGCAUGCCUUAACGUUGCGACUGAGAUUACUCGUGCUAUCUCCCACCUUACACGGUAAGGCGGAAAAUCGCGACGUGACAGCCAGGAAAUUAGGGCGUGUCUGAAGAGAGGAGCCCUGCGCGCACACUCGUGACUUCCAGUUUUACAACGCGACAGUUUCUUCCCGCGAGAUACCGAUCACACGUCCCGAAGGCUGUUAACGCUCAUUCGAGAUGCUAACUUUCACGAAGAUACCGGGUGGCGAUAAACGGAACUAAAUGCCUAAAACGGACCCGCGUCCAACUAACACGCGGAUAAGCUGUAGAUAUUCCGACUUUCACUCCGGCAAAUCAUUUCUCCGAUUCAGCCGCGCGCUAGCCGUAGGUAGGUCUAGAUUUUGGUUCGCUAUAAGUAGCUAAUUACGUGACCAAAGAGAAGCGCCGCGAGCGAAGCGAUUUUCAACGAUACGUGGAGGAGCUGCAACGCAGGAUAUUAUGCGAAAAAACGAGAGGGAGGGGAGAAAGAGAGAGAGAGAGAGAGAGAGAGUGUGUGUGUGUGUGUGUAUGUGUGCGUGCGUGCGUGCGUGUGUGAACUUCGGACUUUGCGGCGACUUCACGUUAUCGUCGAGGACGCGCGCAAGUUGACUUUUAUUUAUUCUAAUUUAACUGAUUCACACAUGCAUACGGGCGAUGUAAAUAUUCGCGAGAGAUAUUCAUAUACCAUCCAGUGAUCUUACGUUGAAACUUGAAAUGCGCUGCUACGGACUGUACGAGAGCUGUAUAGUUAUAUAGAGGUUACAAUAAGUUGUAAAGUUUAGCAUUUGUUGUGUACGACGUGCGCGUGUAACAUGAUCUCCGAGAUAAUCGCAGGGAGACACAUUUCUCUAUUGAAACACGUAAACGCGUUUGCCAUAAAUAUGUGUAAUAAUUAAACGGACAAUAUAUACAUAUAUAUAUACAUACAUAUACACAUAUACAUAU